AUGGCCGAGGACUCGAGACGACCGAUCAAGUGGAACCUCAUAGGUACCAACCGUCUGAAGGGCAAGGCUCACAUUCUGCCACCAAGAAAUGGAUUCAGUCAUGCAAUCACAGUAACUGAAACUCCAUGUCAAUCUGCAGGCGAUUUUGCCAAGUCUAUCCUCCCAAGAUCAAGACUGGACUGGCACUCCUCCACAGCGGCGGUGCAGGAGCUUGAGCCCAGGAAACCGGUGAAGCCCGUGACGUGCGUUCUGCAGUCCCUGACUGCCUACCACUGCGAUUGGCGCUUAGAGCCUCAUGAACAUCAUGAGCAUCCCAGUCCCUCUAGUUCUGACACAGGGGCUGGCCCGUUGUCUAACAGCAUCAACGUCGUCAACUUCGCGCGGACAGGCAGGCUGAAGUCAGGCCCCCCACUACACAAGCAGCCCUGUGGUCAUGGCGGCCAGACGACCGUCCCGUGUGGAGAUUGGCCUGGAAGUCAAGCAGCCAGGUCAGGCAUUGCGGGCUCUCAAUUGAAGCCGCCUGUGUAUCGUACGUACUCGGAGGGACUACCAACCGUGCUUACGCUCCAGAGAUUUGAACGCCAGCGAAUCACUACAGAGCAUGUCGAUGAGCGUAUUGCUACGCUUGCACAAGCUAUGCUUUACAGUAGCCACCCUCGCCGACGUCAGGGGAACAUCUACCAUUCAGGGACGGCAGACAUCGCCGUUGUGUGCAGUGUCCCGGUGUCUCUAUACGGGGCACUAUCGCCGAAGAGCUCCUCGCCUAGUUUUGCAGGACGCAAUUACGACACAGAUUUCCUUCUUGCUCCUACCUGCUCCUCCUUGUCGCAGUCCAAGAUCCUGUUUACCGUACCGCCAAAUCUGGAGCGUCAAGCUCGAUCCUCUCCAUCUCCACUUGAAACUCUGAUUCCGCCUGGCGCCAAACUCGCUGGAGAGAUAUAUACCUCUCUCGCCCUAUUCCUUAGAAUGUCGAACCCCAAUGAGACAAACGACCAUUCACUAAUAUCGAACACCUUUCAAGUGCAGCAGGCUGACGCUGGUGCUGUCCAACAACCGAAGUUUACCCACUGUAGAUCUGAAAGAAGCUCUCCAUUAUCGAGUGGAGGCUUGGAGACGAAAACGACAUCCAAAAACCGCCGUCGCACUUGCUCCAGGCUAGAGCCGUCGUCAAAACACCACCCCGUCACCACUAAAUCAAAGCAACAUUCGACAGCUAGUCCCGAGAUCAUGGCGUCUUCGCCUUCUUCGGUGAACUAUACAAGAACGGGGCGCAUCAGCAAAGCCAAGAAAGGUUUAAAGGUGCAUAACUGUGAACAUUGUGGAAGAUCUUAUACUCGUGCAGAGCACUUGAGACGACAUCAGAGGAACCAUGCGAAAGACGGUGCACUAGUGUGCGACUUUCCCGACUGUGACAAGGUUUUCUACCGGAUUGAUCUCUUGCAAAGGCACCAGGAACGACAGUGGGUCAUCUUUCAAUCUCUUAGAUUACUCGAGCUCACAGGUGGCAGCAAUGAUGCUAGACAAGUGUCCCGGCGCGCAUCUGCAUCUAGUCCGGAUCAAGAACGCUCUCCAGAACUACCCAAAGCUUCCAGGCACGAGAAUAUAGGAGAUAGUAUGGUAGCAACGCUCCCGGCUGGCUCAUCUUUCCAUACACCGCAACCUUUGUCACCUAUACAUGAUUCGCCAACGAUCACAAGGUAUACUACAAAUCCGUUUCGUACUCCUCAGCUUCCUCGAACAUCUCAAGCUCCCACGUCAACUUUCAAUCCUGUCAUUUAUUCUUCGAGUUCUGAAUUCCGGAACCAAGCCAAGCACCGCCGCUCUUUCGCAAGCCACAACUCUGCAGUCAUUCAGAUGCAAGUUGAUGGAACGACAUCCAGUCUCGGUUGGGCCGACUUCUAUAGCCAGUCGUCCGGUUACUCGUCCUCAGACGACUACGUAUCACCGAAAACCGCGUCGAAUGACUAUGGCAGCCUGUUUCCCCAAAUGCCGUACUGUCCAGAUUCAAAUAGGACACGCGCGUCAUCUAAUGCGUCGCUGAUCGAACCUCCCUGGUCCUACGCAUCGCGUUCACCUGCUUCCACAAUAUCCACAAUGGCCUAUCCAUGGGUGUCGAGUGAUAAGACAUCCGAUGCACCAGCAUUGACUUAUAUUGACACAACCUACCCAAUGACGAGCAUGCCUAUCGCGAGCAGCAUCGAUCCGAUGGCAGGCAUCUGUCAGUACGAUGCGAAGACAAUGAUACAGAGGGAUGAAGAAGAAAGUGUGACCCUCUUUGGAGAGCAACCUUACGGUAUGGGUCCAAUCGCACACACCUACCCGUUUGAGCAAGAUCUUGACUGUUACUGGAGAUACUUUCAUCCCACUUUCCCCAUCAUCCAUCGGCCUACCUUUCAACGCUUGACUGCAUCACCGAUGCUCCAUGCAGCCAUGAUUGCAAUCGGUGGUCAGUACUCCAUCGAUGGGAGCGUCAGGCGAAGGUCAAGGAAUUUGCACGAUCGAUGCCUGAAACUGCUUGGACGGAGGGGACAGGUCACUAUGAUGGAGCCGGAAAGACUAAUGGACUACCAAGCCAUAUUCCUUAUUGAGUACCUAUCACAGUUCCGAUCCCGUCGAUCCGCCAAGGUACUAUCUGCCCAUUUUGAAAAGGUGUAUCAAAAGUCUUUCCUGGACUUUCAGCAUAUGAAUUCAUUUAUUGCCAAAUUGGCUUCUCCUCCAAAGAGCGACGAUGCUACUUCUGACCAGUGGGCGCAUUGGGUUGAGCUCACUGGUUCGCGACGUUUGCUUCAGGCUUGCUACAUUCUCGAGUCCCAACAAGCCUUACUUCUUGCACGCGAACCUAAGCCAUCCCUGAUACAGGCCAGCGGGUACGACCUUCCAUUUCCUGUCCCAAUUGAGAUAUGGGACGCGGACUCUACGUACGAAUGGAAGCUAGCCCAGCAAGUUUAUCCCGCAGCCCCCUUGUACGUUUACGAGAUCAGCCCAGAUGUGAUUUCGAGACCACUGGACACUUUUCAGUCUUCCAUGUUACUGGCAGCAUACUAUAAUUGUUUCGAUAUGGGCGCCCCGUACGCUCUUGGUCCCCCAACUUUUGAUCUAGAGUGUCAUCUGGAUGCGUCCCCAGGAAUCGUGCGCCAACACUUGACAGCUAAGCUGGUACAUGUCACCCCUAUCCGUGCCUUAUUGGCCAUCCCAGGCGAAUCCUGGAUUUUUUCUGAAAGAGUAUCGUCUCUUCAGGCGUUUGGCCUACUACGGACGACGGUGCGGGCAUGGUUGGUGCAGCUAUGGGCGACCGACAGCACGCUCGGGCAUGCUGCUCCCAUCAAAGAAGCAUUGAGGCUUUCUGUUACUAUUCUGGAAGCGGCACUGAGAGAAGCACAGAGUCCGAUGAAGCCCGAAAUCGGGACCGAUUUGGGCAUUUUCUUCGCUGCUCUAGUGUUGUGGGCAGUCACAGCGGCAGCUACUACCCGGUUCAAAGAAGUUGUCCCUCAGCGCCUACAAACGCCAUGCUAUAUCCAGCAGCCACUCGCAUCCAGCAACUCUCCUACUGUAUCAGGUAGCCCAUCGCCGUUGCUGCACCCCUCUCUCGCGCAGUCGCCUCUCGCGAUUCACGCCGCCUCGCAGCCAACCCUAGGAUCCAUGGUCGGGACACCCAUCUCGCCGCCAUCACAAAUGGCGCACGAUGACAUAUGUCUGCUGUCGCAUGAUGAUAUCGCCACGCAAAGCAUGGCGUUUCUCGCGUCCGCGCUGACGGAUUAUCAGCAUGCCGCCUCCCAAAAGUGGACAGCCAGCGACCUUGUCCGAUGUCAGAUGGGGUGUUUAAGCUUGCUUCUCUGGGUCAAGAUGCGGCUGCGUGGCGUUUGUCUCGAGGAGAGUACAGAGUCGUGGUCGAGCAGUGCGAGUGGAGGUCUUGGCGAACUUUUGAAUGGCGUCAUCACCAUGCUUGAGAAGAUGCUGGGUCGUGGUUGGAGUGAGUGGGGGAUUUGA